GUUAGUGUAUAAAAAUAGAGCAUAUACUUCACAUACAUGGAUAAACGAACAGAUGAUGCUGUUAGAGAAACAAAACUAAAGGCUAGACCAGAAUUAAAAGGUGAUGAAGGUUGGACAAGACUUGGUUAUGCUAACAAUUUUGAUCUGUCAUAUCAACAUAUAAAAGAUACUCUGCCUCGCAUUCAUUGUAAAAGUAUAUCUCAUGAUGAAUUUAUUGCAAGGUAUGAAAAACCAAGGAUACCUGUUAUUUUAACAGGAUGCACUGAUAGUUGGCUUGCAAAUCAAAAAUGGAAACUAUCUUUGUUUUUAUUUAAGAGUCUUGCAAAAAAGUAUCGUAAUCAAAAGUUUAAAGUCGGAGAAGAUAAUGAUGGUUUUUCAGUAAAGAUGAAAAUGAAAUAUUAUAUAGAGUAUCUGAAACAUCAAAAAGAUGAUAGUCCUUUGUAUAUUUUUGAUGGAUCCUAUGGGGAGCAUCCAAAGAAACGAAAACUCCUUGAUGAUUAUCAUCCUCCUUCCUUCUUUCAAGAUGAUCUCUUUAAAUAUGCGGGUGAAAAGAGAAGGCCGCCAUACAGAUGGAUUGUUAUUGGACCAGCUAGGUCUGGAACUGGUAUUCAUAUUGAUCCAUUAGGUACAAGUGCAUGGAAUGCAUUAAUAUCUGGUCAUAAAAGAUGGAUGAUGUUCCCAACUGAAACACCUAAACACCUGCUUGAAGUUAGUAAACAAGAUGGUCAGCAUCAAUCAGGCGAAGGUAUUCAAUGGUUUGUAAAAGUUUAUCCAAAGGUCAAAAGUCCGACUUGGCCAAAAGAAUAUGCCCCUUUAGAAAUAAUUCAGCACCCUGGAGAAACAGUUUUUGUACCUGGUGGGUGGUGGCAUGUUGUUUUAAACCUAGAUCAAACUGUGGCUGUCACUCAAAACUUUUCUUCGCCAACAAAUUUUCAUGUUGUUUGGCACAAAACAGUAAGAGGUAGACCGAAGCUUUCACAAAAAUGGUUACGAGCUCUAAAAAUAUAUCGACCAGAGAUUGCUAGAAUCGCUGCUGAAGUUGAUUUACUGCGACAGAGUGGGUUAGCAUCAGAUAGUAGCUCUGAUUCAUCAAGUAGCAGUAGCUCUUCUUCUUCUGAAGAAUCCGAUUCUGAAUCAGAAGAAUCUACAGCAGACUCUAUACCAGAGCAAAGUGAAUCCAAAAGACGCAAAGUUGAUGCAGUUGAAUGAUCCUUUUGAUGGAAAAAUUCAAUGACGGUGAACCAAGAGAGUACGCGACGAUAUAUAAAAAACGAAUCGAACGUUUCUAUAUUCAUGUCAGUUAGGAUUGAACGUUUCAUUUGAGCCUCAAACAUUGAUAUUUAGCUCGAUAUCUCAUAAGACGCAAACAUAGUACGUAUUUUUUGUAAGAUUUUGAAAAGUAAAUAAACAAUUUA